AUGGAGUUGCUUAGUCAAGGCGCCGAAGCGCGGGUCUUCGCCACGACGUUCUGCGGCCGUCCGGCGGUGGUCAAGGAGCGCUUCCGAAAAACCUACCGCCUGCCGGCUCUGGAUGAGAAACUCACGACAAAGCGAACGCUACAAGAAGCGAGAUGCAUGCUCAAGGCACGCAAGGCGGGAGUCAGGACACCGUGCCUCUACCAGCUGGACAGCGCCAACACCAAGAUCACUAUGGAGAAGGUCGACGGAAUCACGGCGAAACAGUUCUUGCUGGACUGCCUUCAGAAGGGAGAUUCUGCGGCCGCCCUCAAGGUUGCGGGAGAGAUCGGGAAGAUGGUGGCCAAGAUGCACGACGCUCAGGUGGUGCACGGCGAUCUGACAACGUCCAAUUUUAUGGUUCGGAGCGGUCCCGGAGAAGGAGAUGUAGUGGCGAUCGACUUCGGCCUUGCUUCGUCGAAACCACUCCCGGAGGACAAGGCGGUUGACCUGUAUGUGCUGGAGCGGGCGUUCAUUUCCACGCACGAAAACGCGGAUCCCUUGGUGAACGAGGUCAUGCGAGCUUAUAAGGCGGCAUCGCGCAAGGCGGAUGCGACGCUACACAAACUAUCUGAGGUUCGACGGCGAGGGCGAAAGCGAGAGAUGUUUGGGUGAUGCCAUUUUCUGCGUCCUGUUUUUCCACUGGUCCUGAAGCGAGCGAAAAAAUGGUAAUAUUGUUACCGUGCGUCUGUUGUCCAGACCAAAGAGGACGGAGCGGAAG